UUUUAUUUCUGAGCAAUGAUGACAAGUUUGUGCCCAAUCUACAUACCGUAUAUAUUAUGCAAAUUUAACCGAUAAGAAAAUAUAAUACAAUACCAUUGACAACGAGAUCGUAGCAAAUAUACGGAAGAUGGAUGAAAAUUAAUCUAGCGGAUCAAAUUACGCUAUACGAACCUACCGGACGUAAUAUUUAUAUAAUUUCCGUCUCGUCUAUAUUUCCACGUGUAAGCUCCCGUAAGAAGACUCACGUAAGAGGGAUUUUUAAGUCAGUCGAGAGAGAUCUCCUUGGAUCGGAAAUCGAUUUCGAAGGCCUCGGUGAUCGUAUAAUACCCGCCGGUGUGAUCUCGAAAGAAAUUUCAACCGUAAAGGCGCAUCAAGGAAAUCCGCGCAAAAAAAAUAUAACCGCCAAUUAAGCAAGUAAGUUCUCAUGAUUGUUAAAGAUGGACACUAUGAAUGGGCAUGUUGAAUUAAUUAACACGUUGAAUUAGAUCGCGAUGUGCGAUCGAAUUGAUCGCGCAAGUUGUUCGCGAUUCUACGAGUAAAGGUAAAAGACAUUACUUUCUCCCAAACAAUAAUAAAUAAUAAUCUAGACGAAUAAAUGUGAAUUGAAGUAGUAUUGAAUGGAAUUUAUUUAUGAUGGAAUUUAUUUAUUUAUUUAUUUAUAAUGGAAUUUAUUUAUUUAUUUAUUAUUUCUCCUUUUUUGUGGCAUAUUAAUUUGAAAAUAAAUGAUUUUAUCGACGCGAUAAAGUAUAUCGAGCUUUUACGAGGGCUGAAAGAAAGCGAUCACACGGAAUUGAAAUGCAAAGAUGACGUUUUCGCGGGUCAGGGACGCGCGCCGGUAAUCGCAAUUGCCCCUAUUGUCGUAUAUAACAUUGACUUUUUAUUACCAGCGUAGGACUUUGCAAUCGCUAAGGAGGACAUGUCUCCCGCCGCGAAUGGAUGUAGAUCGUUGCUGUGUUUAAACUUGCAUCGAUAUGUGUAUAUACGGUGAGCCGAUCAUAAUCGCGUCUACUGGAUGCCUACUGGUGGCGAUCGUGAGAUCGCAUAGGAAUAAUGAGUUCUUGAAAAAAAGAGAGCUCGAAGUCACAUCGACUGUGCCGACGAUGCCGUUACACUUUAAUGCAACUCUAAUAGAUUUCCUUGCAAGUUGCCAUUUUAUAUUCUGACGUACACGAUGAUCACGCAAACGAAGCUAUGGUCGAAGAUUUUUCUCUCCGGCAACAAAAAAGAUAUUCUCGCGGGUCUGGCCGCACAUUCCGGUCAGAUUUCCGUAGGAUUGGCUCAAGGAUAUAGCGCGAUCCUGAUCCCCAGGCUCUUCGAAUCAAAUUUCGCGGACCAGUCGCAGGCCUCAUGGAUCGCCGCCCUCGGCGUCGUCUCGAAUCCGCUCGGCGCCAUUGUCGCCGGAUUUUGCUCCGAAUUAUUCGGCCGCAGAUCUGCGAUCGUCCUAGCAACGCUUCCGCACGUCGCCGGUUGGCUACUGAUUGCGCUAUCGAAGAACGUGCCGAUGUUGUAUGCCGGUAGAUUCAUUAGCGGUAUCGGCAGCGGCAUGGCCAACGGACUUUAUCUUUACGUCAGCGAGACAGCUGCGCCACAUCAAAGAGCUUGGCUCGCGAGUUGCGGACCGAUCCUCGUCUCCUUGGGAGUUUUGAUUGUGUACACCUUGGGUGCCAUCACAACAUGGCAAAAGGCGGCAGCUAUUAGCAUUGGACCAGCGAUUCUGUCGCUCGCAUUAACGCGGAUGCUCCCAGAAACUCCCGUCUGGCUGGUCUCGAGAGGUCGAACGAACGAGGCUAAAGAGGCUCUUCUGUGGUUACGUGGGCCCGGCUUCAACGUCGAUAAAGAGUACCAAGAGCUCCGCGAUGCGAACUCGAAACGGAAGGAAAAGGAGGAGAGCCUAUUGCGGGCGUUGCAUAUGCCCAACGUGUGGAAACCGUUCCUGAUAUUGCUCAUCUUCUUCACGCUCCAACAACUGUCCGGAAUUUAUGUAAUUCUAUUUUAUGCCGUGAGCGUACUCGAAGACAUCGGCGUAGAUAUAAACGAGUAUGCGGCCAGUGUCGGCAUAGGUGUCAUCAGGCUCUUUGCAUCGAUCCUCGGCGCCGGACUGGCCAACAUCUUCGGCAGGAAGAGCCUAGCCUUCGUUAGCGGUUUCGGAAUGGCUAUCACGGCUAUGGGAAUCGCUCUUUCCCUCAGGUUCGAACUUCCAUCGUGGAUACCACUAUUCUGCAUUGGGACUCAUGUAGGUGCGUCUAUGAUUGGCUUCCUCACAUUACCGUGGGUCAUGACCUCGGAGUUGUAUCCGUUAAGAUUCAGGGGCAGCUUGGGCGGUCUUACGACCAGCAUCGUGCAAAUACUGACGUUCGCCACAAUAAAAAUGUAUCCGGAUCUAAAUACAAUUGUCGGUCUGGAGAUUACGAUGUGGAUAUUCGGCGCGGCCGGUCUAUUAGGUGCAAUCUUCGCCCUAACGAUAUUGCCGGAGACUCGAGGACGUAGUCUCGACGAUAUCGAAAUGAAGUUCUCCCGCAAGUCGAAUAGCUCAACAAACGCUUGCAAGGCUUUUUCCAACGUGUGGUCGCAGCCGAAGAACAUUACCCUCAAGCGAUUCGUAUCGAUCUCGGAGGACAAGCAAUCGAAUAUCGUCACGAACGCGUAUACUUACGACAACUUCUGUCUGGAGUUGUCGCCAGAAAAUCUGGAAAAAAAUACCAAAAUCCUCGAGAAAGAACCAACUCAGGAUCAACGAGUUGUAACCAGUAUCGCAAUCGAACACGCGUAUAUUUAAUAAUAAGAAAUUCGAAGAAACUUUUUUUUACAUGGAGAAAUAAUUUGUAUGUGAUUUUACGAUAUGUUAAGUUAUAUAUAUAUAUAUAUAUAUAUAUCUUUCUCUCUCUCUCUCUUUAUUCAAAACGAGUAUAUUUAUUUAUUUUGUACUAGUAACAAGCCGAGAGUUACGUUGAUUCUUGUGAUUUUAAUUAUGUAAUAUAAAAAUAUUGCUUCGUAUUUUAUAUUUCAUCGAAAAAUGUUCCUUUAGUAUUAUGAACAUUCCUAAAAGUGUGGUAUAAAAGAUAAAUUGCAUAAGUUUUUAUAAUAAUUAUAUAAACACAGAAUACACAUGUUUUCUGUAAACUUAUGUAAAUAUGUGUAUGUUAGAGACAUAUCUUUUUGGUAUAAUUUCCUUAAUUUGCUAUUAUUUAAUUUCUAAUUAUGCAUUUUUUUGCAUAGAUUUUUUGUACAAAUGUUUUUGUAUAUACAUACAGUGUUUAUAUAAGUUUUAUUUACAUGAUAAGUUGUAAAUAUAUAAAUUAAUAAUAUAUACUAUUUGUAUUGUAUAUUUCUUACAUAACAAAAUGACAAAAGUUUUACUUUAUCAAGAAAUACAUCUUCAUUAUAUCGCGGUAAUUCCGCUAUCGAUUCUUCAAGCGGUGAUCUUGUAGCUAAACAUGUUUGCCUAAUACCAAUGCGCGUUGCCGACAGCCGAUCUUUAAAAAUUAACUAAUUUAUACGGCAGUUGAUGAGAUAUUCAUCAGCUGCCGGUACGCCUCACACAUCCCUAUCACGUCAUAACCGCAGAGCUCACCUCCUGCGAAAUCAUAGUAUUCUAUUACAGGCACACGAAUUUUCGUGCCUUUUCAUUCUCCGUUGCAUACUGCGACGAAUACAAUCGCCAAUUGUAUCAGCUGACCAUCUACUCGCUCGCGUGCUCCCCGGAUACCCGUUCGUCGAACCUCGUGAAUUUCCGUCGUUACGACCGAGCGACCGCGUCACCAACUCGCUCGUAUGCGCCUCUGAUAAUUCAUCAUCGAAACUUGUGAAUUUCCGUCGUUUCGGGACCGACCGGCUUGCCAUCCCUCUACUCGUGAGUGUGCUGCCUUGAUACCCGUUCGUUAAUUCUCGGGAAUUUCCGUCGUUUCCACCGACGAGUAAGUCGCCUAAUCACGCGUCGAUUCCUGUUAUCCCGGUCACAAGGCACGAAUAUUGCCUCCGUCUCGUGGCGCGCGCCAUGACAAUCACCUCCUCGCUCGCGUGCUCUCCUGAUAGCCGGUCGUCAUUUCUCGUGAAUUUCCGUCGUUUCGAGACCGACGCUCGCCGACGCAGCUCCUCGCCGUUUCUGCUCCUUUGAUCGCAAAACACGAAAUUCGACCCUUUCCGUUACCGGUCCAAAGUUAGAGGAAUUCCGUUCCUCGAC